AUGGAGGAAGACGAACGUUUCUAUGAAAGGCCAGGCCCGUCGUCUCGCCCAGAGCAUUUGCAACUGCUGGAACAACAAGAUGCCGAGCAAGACAUCUCGGAUGCCUUGCCUGCAGGAAAUGCAACCCAGCACUCGCGCCACUCUUCAGUGCGCUCUAUCCAAGAAGAAAGGCCCAUCGAGCUUGCCUAUCGAGAUGAUGACCGUCAGAAACUGACUGAUGCCCAACAUCUCGCCCCUCCCAGCCCGAAGAGAUUGGCGCCUUUAUCCACCAUGUCGUCUUUAGUGAGGCGGAUGACGACCAUGAAAUCACCCCUUACAGGCACCAGAUUCCGCACAAUGAGGCGCAAAAAACAGUACGAGACGCUGGAUGAAGCAGAGGAAGCAACGCCUGGUCCAGUAGAUCUGUCAUCUCUUGACGGCCUGGGAUACGAGUUACGGGACAUGUCUCCUGCAGGACGCACGCACCUAGAAGAGGAAGAGACCGAAUACGUCUCACCUGUUGCUAGUAGACAAGACAAGCCCAAUUUCCGCGCCUUCGUCAAUAAGCGUCAGUCAAUGGCAGAUGGUAUUGGGAACGGAAUGAAUCAAGUUGGUGCUCAACUGCGACGGAACCCUACCAAAACACCAGCCAGAAAUCCUCCUGCGCGUGAUGAGAGUGCGCGGGCUAUCGACCGAACCAAGACCGUCCGCCACAUUGGUCAGAAGCUGGCAAGCGAGAAGAACACCAUCGUCGUUCUCAACGAAGGUGCUGUCGACCUGAGCCAAUUCGAGGGUCCACAGAGCGUACCAUUCCGCUCCAGUACUGCGUCGUUCGAGGGCAUGACUUCCAGCAGAACGAGCACUUUUGGCUCAAUUACUGCCGCCGAAGACAACAAGAGCUACUUUUUUCCGACCGACCCCGACGUGCCGAAUUGGAAGCCAUUCCCUAUGAAGACUUACUUUAUAAUCCUUCUCAUCGUUCUGGCGGUCGCCAUCGCUGCGGUGCAAGAAGUGCUUUGCCAGAUAUCAGUACGGAAAACCCGAGACGGGGGAGGUCUCAUUGCCUUCAAUGAUGUCAAGAACGUGCCAACAAUAAAAUUCUUCGCUUGGAAAUACCUCCCAACAAUGAUAGCAGUGGCGUAUUCUGUCUUAUUCAACCUUAUGGACUUCGAAAUCCGCCGUCUGGAGCCGUAUUAUCAGCUGUCCCAGCCAACUGGAGCUACGGCGGCGACAAGUCUAAAUUGUGAUCAUCUCACCAUGUUUCAGUAUUUCGUACCGUUCAAAGCGUUCAGGCUCAAGCAGUGGGCUGUGUUACUGUCCACGACGGGUAACAUCAUCGCCUCCAUGAUAGGACCGGCUGUGCAAAACCCUGCGCUCCGCUUCGUGGAAAACGGCGACCCCUCGUGUGAUACUACUGAAGGCUUUUGCGGGAAUGGUCAGUACAGGAUGUUUGUCAGAGUCAACACUGUAUGGUCUCGCCUCCUGACUGCGUGUUACCUGAUGGUUGCAAUAAUUGGCAUUGUGUUGGUCUUUCAGAUGCGACGCAAGUCUGGUCUGUUGAGCGACCCGAAAGGUAUUGCUGGCAUCGCAUCUAUGGCCACCAAAUCUCACAUCCUCCGGGAUUUCAAGGGCACCGAUGAGGCGACACGGGGACAGCUUCACAGGAGGCUCAAAAAUCGCCGCUACGUGCUAUACAAGUCUUCCAUCUGGCAGGGUGAGUACGCCGAAGACUCGUAUGUGGAGAGCGAAGCCAAACAGAAAAGCCCACACCCACCCAUGCUCCGAGCAGGCGCGGCACUUCCCUUUAUGGGCUUCAUGGUGUUUGGUCUCAUCACUAUCCCGCUCAUAUCCUUGACUCGUGCCCGCGUCGUCCCAAAUGAGGCGCCGUGGUUGCCGAUACUUCUGGCGACCCUCCUGAAACUACUCUUCAACACCUUCGAAGCCGAUGUGCGACUGAUGGAGCCCUACUAUCAGCUGUCCCGUGGCCACGCCAAGCCCGAGCACUCCCUGACACUGGAUUAUCAAGCCUCGAUAUAUGGCUGGAUGCCGGUUCAGGCGUUCAUGAACAGACACUGGCUGGUGAUGCUUGUUGGCAUCUCAUCUGUAGCGCUUGACAUAUUCACGGUCACCGUGGGGUCCUUCUCCGUCAACAGCGUCGAGUUUCUUCAUCGUGGUGACGGGGGCGAGAGAUCCAACCAAGACGAGACCUACGUGUCCUUCUACGUCUCUCUCGUCCUGUCUCUCGCCAUCUUAUUGUUUGUCCUGUUGUCGACUGCACUCACAUUCUGGCGCCGUCGACACCCCUUCUUGCCGCGCGAGCCGUCCACCAUCGCGGCGAACCUGGCAUUUAUUUACUCGUCGAACAUGCUCACCGACUUCAUCGGCACCGAACAAUACAACAACAAGCAGAUGGAGGCGAAGUUGAAAAGCAUAGGAAAGACCUAUGCACUGGGCUGGUUCAGGGGUAGAGACAAGGAGAUUCACUGCGCGAUCGAUGAGGAGCCGUUGGUCAGCAAAUAUGUGCACGGGAAGCCAUAUUCGAGGGCGCAGGCUGCACCCAGUGCGACGUUUGAUUUUCAGUAUGUAGAUGAUGUGUAG